GUUCGCACUUUGGAAGGGUUCAAAUUUUCCUGUUGGGCCAAAGGAUCUCCUCCAAUAUACACUGCAUUGAUAAGGCAAAACACAGUGUUGGUCAACACAUCAGAAACAGCAAGUAUCCCGUUAGAUCAAGAAGGAAACUACAGCUGCGUGGCGACAAGUGAUCAAGGAAAGGACACAAAGGAGUUUUCAGUUUCUUUUACAGGUUGGAAUUUUAAAAUCUGUACUCCUACCCAAUAAAUGAUGAAUGACACUAAAAUUUCGCGGGCCAAUUUAAUUUCUCUCAUUGGGAUGCCAAUGUUUCGUGAAACCCACAAUGUCCACAAUUUAUCACACACAUGGCCAAAAACAACCAAUAAUAGAAAUAAAAUAAAUAGAUAAAUAAUAAUAUACGACUUAACGCUCUUUAAAUCACGAUAUUAUUAAUGUAUGCACCCCUCAUGGACUCCAUUUUCCUCCUUACUAAUAAUGGAUUAUGUAGUUCGGAGUACAGUGAAUCUUUGACAUUUCUAGCUAUUAUUCCCUGAAAGAGUGUUAUGUCAUGGUGUAUGGAUUGAUCAUUCUCUCUGUUCAGAUUGUGGGCCAGAUUGCAGAUAUUACUCGAGCUAUAUUUACGGAAACUACAUUACCUGCAAGAGUUUUUCAUACUUAAGCCAAUGUGCCCCAGUGAUUACUGAAACAUUGUAA